CCCCGUAAUAUCCCACAGCCCCCCCCAUGCAAAGCACUGUUACUCAUUGCACCCCUGUGCCUCGCACCCCUUGCCAGGCCAUGCCCCAGUACCUUGCACCCCGCUCCCCAAGCCAUGCCCUGCAGCUCGUGCCCCCAACACCCCCACCCCCCCUUCAUGUUAAGCAAGUCCCCAGAGCUGCAGCUGUGCAGGAAACCGCAGGGUGAGGGCUGCAGUUGGGUGCUGUGGGGAUGCCACACUCCCCUCCGGCCCCAUACUAUAAAAAGCCCCACAGGAUGCAGAUGUGUGCAUGGGGGGAGCCCCAAUCCCAACUCUCCCAAUGGCACCCAUGGGGGCCCUGGUCCUGCCCCCGUUCCCCUCCUCCUCCUGCGGCUGUUCUGCCCUCAUUCUCCCGUGCCCACACGUGGGCCCCAUACGGGGCUGUACCCCAGGGUUUCCCCCCCCCGCCCCGCCCGGAAACCUGUCUUGGUUUCACCUGCACCCAGUGCUUCAUGCGGCAUAGAGCCUCAUGCUGAGCCCAUCCUGCUUGGCCCCAUGGCACCCCUGAGGUCCCCAGCCACAUCCCUGCCCCCACAGCAGCUCCCAUCCCAUCCCCGGGGACUCCAUCACCCCGAUCCCCAUUUCAACCUCUCAUGUCCCAUUCCUACAACAGACCCACCCAACCCCAUCCCUGCACCCCUUAUUACCCCCUCCAUCCCUGCAUCCUUGGGGUUCCCAGCACCCCUGGCCCUGCUCCAUGUGACUUCCCCAUAUCCUUGCUUCCCAACCCCAUCUCUGCACCGUUUGCCUCCCCUUCUCCAUCUCCCUCAAUUCAUCCACAGGUCCACAGCACCCCAAGCCCAUCCCUGUCCCAUUUUGCCCUCCCAUCCCUAUCCCCACCCCACUGUGGUCCUUCCAGUCCCAUCCCUGCACCCUUUGCCCCCACUCCAUCACCAUCCCCUGCCUCCCAACCCAUUCCCACCCCAUUGUACCCUCAUCCCAUCCCACUCCUCUCAACCAACAUCUUUAUUUCACACCUCCAUCACAGCUCCCGACCUCAGCGCAUCCCCCACCCCAAACCAGGGAGGGGGGGAC